AUAUAUAUAUGUAAUAUUUUCAGUUAUAUCUGGCUCUCUUUGCAAAGUCUGGAUUUGGAUUGCUCCGCGGACCCAGGCGGAAGGGGGUGUGGAGGGGGGUUAACCCAAACCGAGCAGCCUCGAAGCGCGCGCAGACAAAAGCGGGAGAGCAACAACAUUUGGGGACUCCGUGUUCAGCAUGGAGGAGAACGAGCAGCGCCCGGGCGCCGAAGGAGGCGCCGAACAGCCGCCGCCGCCGCUGGAGGAGUCCAGCAGUGGCAGCGACGGAGAGCCCAACCGGCGGAGGGCGAUGCUCCUGCCCCGGGUGCUCCAGGAGCCCGGCAACCAUCCGCACCAGCACCCGCCGCACCGAAUCACGAACUUUUUCAUCGACAACAUCCUGCGGCCGGAGUUCGGCCGGAGGAAAGACGGCGGUACCUGCGGCGGCGGCAGCAGCGUUAACCCGGAGCAGCAGCAGCAGCAGCAGCAGCAGCAGCUCCUCACCGCCCGGAGCCCCUCCGCGGCGCCAGCCUCCGGUUCCCCGACCGACGGAGGAGGCGGCGGUGGCUCCAAAGCUCUAGCCCCGGCUAAGAAAGGCGGCGACUCUGGCGCGCUCGACGGAGCCUUGAAGUCCCGCGGCAGUGGCAGCAGCGGCGGCGGCGGCGGCGGAGGCGAUCAGUCGCUGAGCUCCGACUCGGACAGCUCCCAGGCCAGCUCCUUCCCCAGCGCACAGCCCAUGCUGUGGCCAGCCUGGGUCUACUGCACCCGCUAUUCGGACAGGCCUUCGUCAGGCCCCAGAUCCCGCAAACCAAAGAAGAAGAACCCCAACAAGGAGGACAAACGUCCCCGGACAGCGUUCACCGCGGAGCAGCUGCAAAGACUCAAAGCGGAGUUUCAGACGAACAGAUACUUGACAGAGCAGAGGAGGCAAAGCCUGGCUCAAGAACUCAGCCUCAACGAGUCUCAGAUCAAGAUCUGGUUUCAGAACAAGCGGGCCAAAAUCAAGAAAGCCACCGGCAACAAGAACUCCCUGGCGGUUCACCUCAUGGCACAAGGACUGUACAACCACUCCACGGCCUCGAAAGACGGCAAGUCAGACAGCGAGUAGAGGAGGGGAGGGGGGGUUAGCCAGGGGAGGGGAGGGAAAGGGGCGAGUCAGAGUUUAUACAAUGCAAUAAUUUAAUUAAAAACAAAAACAAAUAAGGGCCAGUGUAUAAAAAACUAUACCAGCAUAAAUAGUGGGGAAAUAUUGUGUAUUAGAUAUAAUUCUGCAAUAUUCUGUGUAUAUAUAUAAUUUACAGGUAAGGUGUUGUAAAAAAAAUCCAAAAUAUCUGAUUAUAAAAUAUUUUUUGAUUUUCUUUUUGUUCUAUGGAAAUUUUAGAUGCUAACUUUAUCAAUUUUUUUAAAAGCUUAAGUUACCUUUUUAUAGACUUAAGCACUGUUUUAAAUGGACAUUGGACACUGUUUUUUGAAAUUCAAAAUAUUAAAGACAACUUUUGCUGAAGUCCAAAGAUUUUUAUUGCUGCAUUUCACGAGGCUGUGAACCGAAUAAAUAGUUCUCCUAUUUGUUCUAUGA